AUGUUGUUUGAGAAACUCAAGAUCUAUAACACUCCGGCCAAAUUAUUGGAGAAAUUACGCGAAGUUCGCAAGCAACAGGAACAGGAAGAAUAACAGGGAUCGUAAAUCAAGGUCCCAGAAUCAUAGAAGAUCGUGAGGCAAUCGAGUUAACGAAGUACGUGGACCAGUCUUAAUCAGAAGUCUCCCAUCGUUAAAUCGCAACUCGACAUUGUGAAAAUGAGAAUGCCAUCCACCAAAAUGAAUUCAUGUACUCGUAUUACAGAGAUACCUAUACGAUAGAGGAUACAAAUGCAUACUGCUCGCAUCAAUGAGACCGAAGAACUGAAGGAGAUGCAACAGAAUCUGAGGAUGGAGACUAUGUACGAUCUCUAUCAAGGAGAUCAGAAACUCAUUGAUCAACUCAACGAGGAAGCCCAAGUCUUAUCACAAAGACUUGCCAUCAAAGAGGAGAUCAGUCCUGUGCGUCCAUUUAAUCGUAAACAUCAUUAACCAAAUUAAACUCAAAGACCAUAGAGAAGAGGUGCUACGGUAAUAGCUCCUACAAAACUUGAAGAUCUCAAGAGACAAUAACCUUAUCUCUAUGAGGAUCGUCAGGAUCUACCUUACGAUGAUUUGUCGGAUCGAGGAAAGUUUCUAAAAAAUUAUAGAUUGGGAAAUAAAAACCUACAGAAGAUAAAUCAAAAGGACUUCAGAAGCACUGCCAAAAAUUUCAAGAAACUAGAAGAAUAUGCUUAAUUCUAUAAACAAUAACCCAACAUCUAUUUGCAAUUAAAUAAGAGCUCUCAAGUCUCAGUCUACAAUAUCUUUCAAUCUGGCCUUGGCUUAAUUAAUUCCAACUACACAAUCUAAACUGCUGAAUCCCAGGGAAUGCUGAGGAAUGAGUCGAAAAUCAGGGUAUUCACAGAAGCUCUCUAGUCUCCUCAAUGCAAAUAGAUCACUCAAUUGAAACUCAGUCACAAUCAAUUAACCUCACCUAAAAUCAAGAGUUUGGUCGAUAACUUCCCUCAACAAAUCCAAGAUCUGGAUCUCAAUAACAAUGGAUUGGAUUCCAAAGCCUGUGAAACCUUGGCCAAGUACAUGCAGAAAUCAAGAGUGAAGAAACUCUCAUUGGAAAACAAUAAGAUUGGAGAUCUAGGUGCCAAUUACCUCUUUGUGGCUUUGCAAGACAAUGAUUACCUGACCUUGUUAAAUCUGAGUCGCAACAAUCUGACAGACAAUUGUACCAAUGAUCUAUCGAACUAUUUGAAGAAAUCAAAUGUACUUUUUGAAUUGUACUUACACUUCAAUUCCAUUAACAAUAAAGGAGGCGUCAACAUAUGGAAGGCUCUUUACAAGAAUUCGAGUGUCAAAGUUUUUGAUAUUUCAUACAAUCGCACUGCUUCAUUUGAGUGUGCUCAGCAAAUGGCCAAGGUCAUUGCCAAACCAUAUCCAGAGUUGAUGCACAUAGAUGUGUCACAUAACGGAUUCGAUGAACUCUCCUCUAUCGAAAUCAUGAAGGCUCUAAAUGUUAAUCAAAAUAUUUAUGGGUUUCAUUAUGAAGGAAAUUGCCCCAAAUUUGCAGUAGAUGCUACUGGCCAUCUCAGAGACACACAAUAAGAAGAAUUAAUGAGAUAGAAAAAAAUAGAGGAAUGCAGAAAAAACCCAUAAACUUCACUUCGAUUAUUGGAUGAUGAUGUUCCUGUCUAACCAAAAAAGAUUGUCCAAAAGAAGGAAGAAAUUCAUCAGCUUCAUAGAUUCAGAAGGAUUUGGGGAAUGAAACCUGUUAAAUAGAAUCAAUAAUUAGAUAAACAAAGAGAUUCUUGUUGGAUCUGCGAAGGAUGGGAAGAAGUCAAAUUCACUUGGAGUCCAGGCAAAUCUGGAGGUAUGAACAAUGAUCCAAUCUUUUUGCAUGUCAACUUUGAUGGUUAUCGUCCUGUUCUAAUGAACCCUCAUCAAGGAGAAUAUCAUUUAUAUAGAAUGUGUCCACCCAAUCAAAGGAUUCUGUAUUUCUUCAGUAAUCCAAUUCUUGGAAUCUAAACAACAGCUAAAAACUAAAUGAUUAUGCAAACUCCUUAAAAUGCACCCUAUCUCUCAAGGUUUAUAAGAAUUCCUUUAUAAUGGAGACAUCUUAAUCGAAGGUAACAAAAUGACUUUUGUGAAUGA